GAUCUGCUGCUAACCGCGCGGCUGCGGUCGUGUAUGAAGAUGAAGCGCUGCCGAUGCGUUGCCAUCGAGACCUUGGUGAUGCUUUGCUUCGCCGCGGUUGCUCUUGCCUUCCAAACAGCGGUCCGACUCAGCGCCGGAGACUCGACCGCUCCUCCUGCGGCUUGCUCAGACGGCAGGUUGACUGCAUCAACUAGAGCACUCAUCCCCAACUCAUAUAGGCCCGCGCGCUGGUGCUGUACUCGUGUCGCCAGUAGAGAUGGCGGUAAUAAGAACAGCAGAGUGGUCAUGAUGGGGAGAUCAAACCGCCUGAAGACCGUGAUUGCCAGGCAACGCAACCUUGAGAAGAGCACCGCGCCGGUCAUCCUGUCCGAGAAGGCAAAACGAAAGGCCAAGCGCGAGAGGCGCGCUUACUUCCGAGAGAGGUACGCGUGCUCGGGCCGUCGCCUGAUAAAGCUGCAGCAGGAGGACCCCGACUCGUUGUACAUUGGAUUUGUUGGGACGAAUGGUGCUGGACGAGCUCAGGCGCUCGGGGCGGUGGAAGCCUACCUCAAACGGGCGACCGAGUUCAAGGUCGCGAAGCAUCACAAGGGCAACGCGAAAAUAAAGCUUGUGGACGCGGGAAACAUGUGUUUGUCGGAGAUGAAGGGCAAGGGCGAGCGAAAGUUGAGCCUUCUACGGCACUGCGACCUCCUCGUACACGUGGUACGGUGCUUCGAUCUCUUCGAGCCGAAGCCGUUCAAACCCUGGAGGGGGGCAGGGAGGGAGGAGGAAGACCGACCGGGUGACGAGGUUGACGAGGCACCGGCAACACAACUGCUGUCGAAUCUGGGAGGGGGGGUUAAACAGGGGGGCGGGGAUGGUGAGGAAGUAGAGGAAGAGAUCGACUGGCCGCUUUCCCCAACGCCGCUGGAGGACAUCAAGGAAACGAGGGCUGAAAUGGCCUACGCCGACCUUCAGUUCAUCGAGGAGAGGCACAAAACGAAUCACACCAAGUGGUUCUGGCGGAACCGGAACCGCGCCUUGAACGAAAAGGCCGCCAUCGCGUUGGUGACACCGCUGCUGGAAGACGCCUACGCCAGUGGUGGCGUGCUGGAGCCCGUUGGAACCGGGUUCCGAAACAGCUGCUUACGCGACGAACCGGGAGAGAACGGCACUACGCUCUACAGGAGCAAGCGGAGGGCGGCGAUUGAGGAAAUUGGGUUCCUGACCCCCAAACCCGUUGUGUACGUCGCCAACGUGCCGUCGGAAGCGGCGCCGUCUAGCGAUGAGGAUGACGAUGCCAACGACGACGCCGAACCGAAAGAGGCAUCCGAAUCAGGGGAAGCCGUCAGGAAAGUGGCCCUCGCACACGCGGACAAGGUGGUCAGUCUCAAACGCGACUACGGCGCGCCCGUCGUUGUGGGGUGCCUGAGAAAUCCAGAAGGACAGAAUGCUCUCGGAGCGGCGGUGUUCAAAGCCAUCCCUCGGGAUUUCCUGAGCCGCGAUCCCAAGCUCAGGAAGAGCGCAAACAGUCCACGAAGAAAAACGCAACAGCGGACUCAACAGCGGCGGCGGCCGGGUGAAACCAAGGCACCUAGAACAGGAGCGGUACCUGCGUAG